AAAACUUUUUUAGCUAUAUUAGGACAGCCUAAUUUUUCCCCGUAGAUUAUCCAUUGAUUCAUGGAAUGACAGAUUCGGUUGACCAGUCAUCGAAUCCAAAAUAGAUUGAAGAAAAACGGUUGCCUUGACCCUUCAACCGCUCUCGUCACCCCCUCUUUCUCUCUCCAACCGAGGAAAAUGGCCAAAGAUUCUCAACAGCGAGCGCAAGCAGACGCGGUUGCCAAAUCCCUCCUCCGUCCGGCAAGGCUUUCUCUCCUCGCCGACCGUCUCGUCUUCUUCGGCUGCGGUGCUGCCGUCGCUCUCUUCCUCUACAUCGCCCUAUACUCCUCCCUCACUCCCAUCCCCUUCCCCGACUCCAACCCUUCCCCUCCUCUCGCCUCCCACGCCUCCACCCAACCCCAAACUCCCCUCCCCGACCACCCUUCCACCAUAUCCCACCUUUCCGCCCAACAAAACCAUUCCCCCCUCCUCGAACGCCAAGACGAGCAACCAUCCAUCCCCACACCCCAAAACCAGACCUCCUCUUCCUCCUCCUCCUCCUCCUACGACGACGACCCACCCACCGUCUCCUCGAAACCAGAAACCACUCCUCUCCCCAAGCCCUCCUCUCGAUCUUUUUCCAGACGCCGUACUUCGUCCACGAAGCGCCGUCGCGAUCCCCCAAAGGCCCCCCCGAACCCCCCUCCUGGCGACCCCCAGAACUCCACCUUCUACGACGACCCCGACCUCUCCUACACCCUCGACCGCUCCAUCUCCGAUUGGGACGCCAAGCGCCAUCAGUGGCUCCGCCUCCACCCCUGGUUCUCCGCCACCCCGGACCGCGUCCUCAUGGUCACAGGCUCCAAGCCCGGCCAGUGCUCCAACCCCACCGGCGACCACCUCCUCCUCCGCUUCUACAAAAACAAAGCCGACUACUGCCGCAUCCACGGCUUCGAACUCUUCUACAACAUGGCCCUCCUCCACCCCUCCAUGCCUGGCUGCUGGGCCAAGCUCCCAUUAGUCCGGGCUGCCAUGGUGGCCCACCCGGAGGCCGAGUGGAUCUGGUGGAUCGACGAGGACGCCGCCUUCACCGACAUCGAGUUCCGUCCGCCUUUCGACCGCUACCGCGCACACAAUCUCGUCGUCCCUGGCUAUCCCUACAUGGUCUACGAGGAGAGGAACUGGAUCGGCCUCAACGCCGGCGUGUUCCUCAUUCGCAACUCCCAGUGGGGCCUUGACUUCCUCGACUCAUGGGCUCGGCUGGGGCCACAGACACCGAACUACAAGAAGUGGACGAAGCUACUGCACUCGGAGAUCAGUGGCAAGGAUAGCGGCGACUCCGAUGACCAAUCGGCGUUGGUGCACCUCUUAGUUAAAGACAUCAAGAGAUGGGGGAACAAAGUCUAUUUGGAGAACAGCUACGACUUGCAUGGCUACUGGGAGGCUAUUAUUGGGAGGCUGGAUAAUAUAACGGAGAGGUACAAAAGGUUGGAGAAGAAGGAGAAGGAGUUGAGGAGGAGGCACGCGGAGAAGGACACCGUGGGGUUCGGAGGGACAAGGGAGUGGUAUUUGGACCGCGAGGUGGGGAUGGGGCCGGCGGAGAGGAAGAAGCGGAGGCCGUUCGUGACGCACUUUACGGGUUGCCAGCCCUGCAGUGCCGGCCACAACCCGGCCUACACAUGGGAGAGCUGCUACGAGGGGAUGCAUCGCGCCCUCAACUUCGCCGACGGCCAGGUGCUUCGGGCCUACGGGUUUGGACGGCCGGAUAUAAACAACAUCUCCAGCGUCCAGCCGCUGCCCUUCGAUUAAUUACCCUCCCUGCCUCCACUCCGGCUUGAGAGCAUUUUGACUCCAGUCCCGUUGGACCUCGUAAUACCAUAGUUUCAUUGUUACAAGCCGUGGGGUUCCUGCGUUUUUUAUUAAUUCUCUUUUUUCUUUUUUUUCUUUUGGUUAAAGAAUAGGGAUGAUUGGGUUGAACUGUUGAAGAUUGGGGUAGACGCAGGUGAUGGAAUAUGAUGUAAGUAUGAUGCUAAUAUACAUGCAUGCAUUAUUCAUUUUACAAUGUAAUCCGCUAGGAUACGUGACUUGGGAUGUUUUGGAAGUUGAUGAAACAUCUACUGCAUGUUAUGCCAUUUCUUAGCUGGUACAAUCAACUAUCCAAUCAAUUGG